UUUCGAAAAACGGGCCUUAUUCUGCACUUGUUCCAUUAUUUUCUAUUGCUUAGCUCCUACGGAUAUGGCUGUGGUCAUAGAAAAUCUACGUGAACUACUCAAUUCCAUAAAUAGCGUGCAAACUUUGGAAAAUGUGCACAUUGAGAGCUCUUCAAAUGUAAGAAUCGGCAAUGUCUCAAAUAUUAACGGCAACAUACAGAUUAUACAACGUAUUAAGAAGCGUUUGCCUGAAAUAUCACGACAAACUUCAACUGCAUCAGUAGCCACACGGGGAAAUGCAAGCGAAUCGCUCUUAACGGAGGAAAGUGAAGAACAAGAGGAGCGUGUGAAACGUGACACAUUCAUAGAUCGCAUAAAGUAUAAAAUACCAAAGGAACUUUGCGCUGUUCUACCACGGAGCACUUGGCUGGCACAGAGGCCUAUGGAAGAUUACGAUUAUAUACCGGAGCCCGUGAAUUUGGUUAUAAUUUCGCACACAGCCACAUAAAGCUCCGAGAAACAAGCUAUAAAUGUGCGGUUGAUACGUGACAUUCAGUGCUUUCACAUUGAAUCACGCGAAUGGAAUGACAGUGCUUACAAUUUUCUGGUUGGAUGUGAUGGUAAUGUGUACGAAGGACGUGGAUGGGGUGUAGUGGGCGCUAACACAAUCGGUUACAAUUCGAAAUCCGUAGAAUGCAUUAUUGGCUGUUUUAUGCGCGAAUUACCAAGUGAGCCUGCGCUGAACGCAUGCAAAAAUUUCCUCAUAAGAGGUGUGGAGGAAGGGCACUUGGCACCUGAUUAUAAGCUUAUCGCUCACUGCCAAUGCCGUUCGACCGAGAGUCCCGGUCGUAAGUUGUGGGAUCAUUUUUAUAAUAUUGGCGAAGAACUCGACAAAGAAUAG